AUGGUUUCAUUGCUUGAAGAUCAACCUAAUAUUAAGUUCUCUUCUUCGGACACUCUGGAGAGUGACCAACAAGACAACCUCAUGCAGACACAAGGGGACCCAAGCUCCCCAGCUCAGCAAACUGAUAAUCCCAGUUUCAGUUGCCAGUCGUAUGAUCCAGACAGCAGGACAGAAAGAAAGAGUUCAGAAUCUUCUCACAGCCCAAGCCCCUCUUCUCCAACCCAGGAUCAAAUCCAUGGGAGAUUUCCUGCCAACCAAGGAAUUCACUCUGGCAAGUGCAAAUUUAAAGUCUCUCCCAACGCUGAGAAAUUCAGAAGGUAUAGCUAUGAGGAAAGCACUGCAGGAAACUAUGGCAGGUUCCUCAAGAGCAACAGGAACCCCUUCCAUCCUUAUAAGAGGGAGUUCAGUGAAGAUGUCUUCCAAGAAACUCAUCCAGCCCUCACACUGGAUAGUAAUUCCUUCAAAAAUGCAAGAAGCGUUGAGGGUUUUGAAGAGCUACCAGGAUCUACAGGCACUGGAGAGUCAGAGUCCUUUCCCACACAUAUUCAGAACAUUUCCACAGAACCAACAUGGUGCAACAAUCUCCAAUACAACCUCACAGGCCAAGAUCAGAGUUCCCAAGUCAUGCGGGAUUCAGAGGUCAAGCUUAAGACGCCUCCACUGGAAGGGCAGCCCAGUCUGUACUGUUACCAAACUCCAGUGCAGCAAAUGUACUGUCCCUCACACCCAUUUCACCAGUAUUCCUCAGGAGGCAGUUAUCCUGUAACCUAUAUUACCUCAUCACACUAUCCUUACCAGAGAAUCGCUCCUCAAGGGAGUCAAGAAUCCCAGCAGCCUCUGUUUCCUAAACCCAUCUACUCCUACAGCAUCCUGAUCUUCAUGGCGCUCAAAAACAGUAAAACAGGGAGUCUCCCGGUCAGUGAGAUUUAUAAUUUCAUGACGGAACACUUUCCUUACUUUAAGACAGCUCCAGACGGUUGGAAGAACUCUGUACGCCAUAACUUAUCCUUGAACAAAUGCUUUGAGAAAGUUGAAAACAAGUCAGGUGGCUCUUCUCGGAAAGGCUGUUUGUGGGCACUGAAUCCGGCCAAAAUUGAUAAGAUGCAGGAAGAGCUUCAGAAAUGGAAAAGGAAAGAUCCAGUUGCUGUGAGGAAGAGUAUGGCAAAGCCAGAAGAACUUGACACAUUGAUAGGAGAUAAGGCUGAAAAACUAAGAUCUUCAACGGUGUCCUGCAAUCCAACUGGUGUGACAAGUUCAACAGUUUCCAGACAGAUGUCAGUCCAGCCCCAUUCUCUGUCUGAGCCAUCCCUGUCGUCUAAUAUCCGACAGCAUUUACAUGCUAUUCACACAACAGGACCUCUACGUGCCAAGAACCCACUACCAAGUUUGCUUGGGGGGCACCAAACUCCAUGUUAUACAUCACCACAGGUUUUCCCUCAGAUCUCACCUACCUUAAUGCAACAAUCACCUGGUAUCCCUCAGAGCAUCUUCCCUUCUGCAGAUACUCAAAUUGAACUUAGAGCACAACCUAGCACCACCCAAGACUCACCUUUGCCAGCCCAGACCCCUCCCAUACAUGGUAUGAAGAUGUUGACAGAGCACUCCACAGCCAGGACAAUGCAGGACACACUCAUGCAAGAAGCAGACAUGAGCAAUGAUAUUGAUGCUCUUAACCCUUCCCUGAUUGACUUUGAUCUCCAAGGAAAUCUUUGGGAAGAACUGAAAGAUGACAGCCUGGCUGUGGAUCCCUUGGUUCUCAUUUCAACAUCCCCAAUAUCCUCUCAGUGCUUCCCUUCUCACUAUCAGAUGGAUAGUAACAGCAGCAGCAAUACCCUCACCACCCAGAAUAGCACUCCACAGAGCAGCUUACCCGACUUACAACUCACUACUCUUUACUCUGCCUUUAUGGAACUGGAUACAGUGUCCACAGCCUACUUGAAUAAUUCUGGAUCCAAGCCUAUAGCACUAGUGUGA